AAUCUCUCUAAUCUCAUGUAGCUGCUUCUGCUAGGAAUUGCUCUCAAGUUAUUUUUGCUGCCAUCCAGUGCCAGAUUACUCAACAGGAGGGAAUACCCUUCUGGGAGAUCCCGUGAAGCCAGUAUCUCAUAGACCUGUCAUCAGCUCACUUCUACUCUCUGACUUCUCUCCACACCUGAUUGUUACAGCUUGAAAAACUUUUAACUUUGCUGCCACCCUCUGCCCCUUGAGUAGGGGAGAUUCUGAGAAGAGAGGAAUCCCUUCUUACUUCUAGAUGGAGUGACUAAAUGACCAUGGAAUCUGGAGCAGAGAACCAGCAGAGUGGAGAUGCAGCCGUAACAGAAGCUGAAAACCAGCAAAUGACAGUUCAAGCCCAGCCACAGAUUGCCACAUUAGCCCAGGUAUCUAUGCCAGCAGCUCACGCAACAUCAUCUGCUCCCACCGUAACUUUAGUACAGCUGCCCAAUGGGCAGACAGUUCAAGUCCAUGGAGUUAUUCAGGCGGCCCAGCCAUCAGUUAUUCAGUCUCCACAAGUCCAGACAGUUCAGUCUUCCUGUAAGGACUUAAAAAGACUUUUCUCCGGAACUCAGAUUUCAACUAUUGCAGAAAGUGAAGAUUCACAGGAGUCAGUGGAUAGUGUAACUGAUUCCCAAAAACGAAGAGAAAUUCUUUCAAGGAGGCCUUCCUACAGGAAAAUUUUGAAUGACUUAUCUUCUGAUGCACCAGGAGUGCCAAGGAUUGAAGAAGAGAAGUCUGAAGAGGAGACUUCAGCACCUGCCAUCACCACUGUAACGGUGCCAACUCCAAUUUACCAAACGAGCAGUGGACAGUAUAUUGCCAUUACACAGGGAGGAGCAAUACAACUGGCUAACAAUGGUACGGAUGGGGUGCAGGGCCUGCAAACGUUAACCAUGACCAAUGCAGCUGCCACACAGCCGGCCACUACCAUUCUACAGUACGCACAGACCACUGAUGGACAGCAGAUCUUAGUGCCCAGCAACCAAGUUGUUGUUCAAGCUGCCUCUGGAGAUGUGCAGACAUACCAGAUUCGCACAGCACCCACUAGCACCAUUGCCCCUGGAGUCGUGAUGGCAUCCUCCCCAGCACUUCCUACACAGCCUGCGGAAGAGGCAGCACGAAAGAGGGAGGUUCGCCUGAUGAAGAACAGGGAAGCAGCACGAGAAUGUCGUAGAAAGAAGAAAGAAUAUGUGAAAUGUUUAGAAAACAGAGUGGCAGUUCUGGAAAACCAAAACAAGACACUGAUUGAGGAGCUAAAAGCACUUAAGGACCUUUACUGCCACAAAUCAGAUUAAUUUGGGAUUUAAAUUUCGCCUGUUAUGGUGGAAAAAGAACUGGCUUGGCCACAACCAGAGAGACAAAAUAAACAUUUUAUUUUCUAAACAUUUCUUUUUUUCUAUGCGCAAAACUGCCUGAAAGCAACUACAGAAUUUCAUUCGUUUGUGCUUUUGCAUUAAACUGUGAAUGUUCCAACACCUGCCUCCACGUCUCCCCUCGAGAAAUUUUCAGCACCAGGAAUCAUGAAGAGACUUCUGCUUUUCACCCCCUACCCUCGUCAAAAAGUAAUAAUUUGCUUACUUGUAAAUUGAUGGGGGAAAUGAGGAAGAGAAAAUCUUUUUUUAAAUGAUUUCAAGGUUUGUGCUGAGCUCCUUGAUUGCCUUAGGGACAGAAUUACCCCAGCCUCUUGAGCUGAAGUAGUGUGUGGGCCGCAGGCAUAAAGUAAGUAAGGUGCAAUGAAGAGGUGUUGAUUGCCAAAUUGACACGUUUUCACAUUUUCAUUGUGAAUUAUGGAAAAUUGUUGAGACGUACCCUCUAAAAAGGAAUUAUAGUGUGGUGUUGAAGAAAUUAAGAAUGAAUUUGGAGUGUUUUCUAUGUACAUUCUCUUCUUCAGUACUGAAAACUUGUCCUUGGUUCUUAAAAACAUUCUGUAUUAACUAGAGCUCUUCCAUAGGGCAGUUGUUGAUUCUUAAUUCAGUUCUGUAGGGGUUCAACAUUUUUGAAUACAUUAAAAGAAGUAACCAACGAAUGAAAGAGCAUGGUAUUUGAAUUUUAAAUUAAAUCAAAGUAAAUAAGAUUACAAAGCUUGUUUUAGUUAGUACUAAAUUCUUAGUAAAAAGAUGCUCAUUAGUAAACCAACCCCUUGAGUUAUAUAACAAGGUUUUUAAAUAAAUGUUUUUGUCAUCGCCUUCAAAAAUAAUUAUAUUGUCACUCAUUUACUUAAAAGGAUAUUUUGAAUUAAACUGUUCCCAUUUGCACUUAGGUUAUACCACCAACAGAAAGCCUUCAAGAGGCUAAAUAAAGCAAAGUGAUAUAUUGUUUAUAAAAUGUUAUGUGUUGUAGAAAAAUACUAAUUUUAAAUCUUUUCCAUAUUAACGUACUUUAACAGAAUAUCUCUAGUGAAUUUUUAAUGAAAGAAAUUGUAAGGAUCUAGUUCUAAAAAGUACAGUAUUAGAUGUGCACAAGGAAAGUAAUUUUCUUCAGACAUAUUUGAGUGACUGCUGUACUACAAUAUUUGGAUUGUCAUUCUUGCAAAACAUUUUUUUUCUUCUAAAAAGGAUAAUUAUGCUUUAGCUUUCCAAUACGCUAUAUAGCCUUUGUCAUUCUAUAAGCUACCUGUUUGAACUCCCAACCAGAACAGUCUGUAUUCGUAUUAUCAUACAUUGUUUCCAGUACUCCUUUUAAUGUUAACUACUCAUUUAUUCACUAAACCUGGUAAAUGUAAAAGUUACCCUUUAAAAGAAAAAUAAGACUAAGGUGGAUUUAUAAAAUAAGAGACUGACAUAAUGUUGGAUAUAAUUUCUCAUUUGAGAAGGUUAUUCCUUUUAAAAGAGAGUCUAGAAAAUUAAUGUUUUAUAUUUGGUCAUGGUUUAUUUGAAAAAGUUAAGUUUGUUAAUUGUGUUAACAAAAUAUGCAAAUAUAGGUAUUAAUUAUUGGGUUCAUUUUGAAAAGUAAGAUGUUUAAUUAAUAUUUGUACAUGGUUUAUUUUUGUUUGUAACAAGCCAUUGUCUUUUUUCAAGGAUGAACAGAGUUUAUGAAGGAGCAUCAUUCUAAGAAUUGGGUGAUGUAGUCUUAUAUGUGGACAGUUCACCAGAUUCUCAAGAAGGCUUUCAAAGGACUAUAAAGUUUGGUGUUAUCUGCUGAGCUAAUGGGGAAAGUUACAGCAUAAAAAUUAUUUGUAUACCAACAUAGGUAUCUCAUUUUCCAAAACUGGUUUGACAGAAACCAAGCAAAAUCACAAAUAUGCUCACAAAUUAGAAUUCUUUCUUAAUGAGUCAAAUUGUCAAAAUUUAACAUUUUGAAUGUCAUACGCUUUAUAAAUGAAAAUUGCCUAGUAUUUAGUAAGUUGUGUUCUCUCCUCUGAAGUUGAACGUUUUUCAAAAGUUGGGGCAUUCUUAUUCAAUUAGGAAGUUGGUGGUCCUCUUUAGUCCCUGAUAAGGCAAUCACAUCCAUAUUAGCUGGUUGGAUUUUUAAGUUAACUAAGACCAGGUCUUUUGUACCUGAGGAUGAUUGCACUGGUUUGAAGUCAGCUACUUAAUGAUGAGGUAAGAAGCAUAUUCUCUUGCUAAAACUGUUUUAGACCCUUGGAGAGACUUGAAGAUUUCAGUUUAUACAGAUAGAAAUUAAGCCCCUUUUGUGUAGACAUUUUUUUUUUAAUGAGAAUUGGAGAAAGGUGUUUGUUUUUAAGCAUGCAACUUUGAGAACCUUUAUUAAGAAAAUGACAAUUUUUUUUAAAAAUCUUGUAGCCAAGAACAUAUGUGGCCAUGUUAUAAAUGUUUUUUCUCUCCUUAUUGGCCAAAAGGGAAUGAAAAUGUCAUCAUAGGAAUCUGUACAUAAUGCUACUGAUUUGCUUAGAAAUAGCAAGUUUGGUAUCGCUCACUUUGCAAAUAUAGGGCCAUGUGGCACUUUUAUCUAUAGGACAGAUGAACUCUAAUAAAAACGAAGUGGGAGGGGUUUAUUUUUGAUAUAUUGCUCUUAUAAGUUUUCAAGCUUUGAUAGUGUUUAACUGAAAAGUGGUUUAGAAAGGGCUAGAUCCAAUGUGUUCAUGUUAUUAAAAAAUUGAUACCAGAUGUAAUUUUAAGUUCAUUCUUUUUCAAACUCAAGUACCGUAUUGGCAACCGUAACAUUGUCAUAGGUGCUCUGUUCAUUUAGAUAUUCUUGGGGGGGAAAUGGCAUUUGUAUAAUAUAUGUGUACAUAUAUAUAUAUACAUACAGUAUAUAAUCUGAAGCUCUGAGAGCUUUUAAGUCAGGAAUGCUGAGUAUUAUAGUAUAUUGAGGUCAGAUGAAAUUUUACAUUUUUGCGUGUUCUAGUGCAUCCCUUUUGGUAGUUUCUUGGACUGCAUUACUACAGCACUCAUGAUUGAUUUUUAUCUUCUAAUUUUCUUCCAAGUAUUUUAUUUCUUUUCAUUGUUUUUUUCCUUUGGCUUGAUACUUUUAAAUGUUACUAGUCACUUGAAAACUACCCCCCCAAAAGUAUUUGGUUUUUAUGCUUUGUCUCUGGCAGCUAUAACAGUGGUAAGAGAAUUUUGAAGAUACCUUCUAAAAGGUACCACUGAUUUUUCAAAAAUCAUCUUGGGGGAGGAAUUUUGAUGUUUUCAUUUGAGCAGGGAUUUUUGUCAGAAAAUGUGUUUUGAUGGUGUCAGCAGGAGUGCUAGUAUCUGAAAGCACCAUAGCAGUCGGCAGUUUGUCCACCUGGCUGAAGUCCAUCUGUGUCUCUCAGGCCUAAUCCCUAUAUCACUGACUGUUUGGGCGACAUGUGGAAUCAUACAAAGGCUUAGGAAGAAACAAGUGUGUUUGAACCAGGAUGCUUUUACUUACUUGAAGUGACUUCAAUCUAGAUUGUUUCUUUUCAUUUUUAAUGUUUUUCAUUCUGUGAUCAACUACAGUCAGCUGUUAGCAUAUAUUGGUCUCUUUAUUUUGACGAUCAAAAAGGCUGCUUCGUUUUGCAGGAUUAAAUAAGACUAAUAUCUUAAAGUUAAGAUUUUGAAUUAAAAUGAGUUUUAGAAACAGUGGUUAUACACCUUUUCAGUUGUUUUCAAGAGACUUUGUUUCCUUUGUAGCCCUGAAAACUGUUGGUAUCUUGUUUGCCAUUGACCUAAUACAAAAGUUGUAUAUUUACUUGGAUUAUAUUUACAUUAUAUUCUUUGUAAAUGUUUGGUGUAACUUGCACUUUUAAAAAUGACCCAGUGUGGGUAUUAGCAACUUGAGAAAUUCCCUCAUCAAUUAAUUGUCAACUGACUUUUCAUGUCUUUCUCCUCUCUUCAAAUCAUGUGACUUUUUAAUGGAAGCUAUUCAUUGAUUAAAAUAUUUUAGCACCUAAAGGCUAGCCUUAUAAAUAGCUGUAAAAGAAAAAUAUCAGGAAAUUAGAUUUGACUAGCCCAGCUGAUUAAAAGAUGGGUUCGAACCCUAUCUUUUUCAUCAUGGAUAAAGAGAGCAGGAAAAGCAACUCAAGUGAGUAAAUAUUUAUUUCCGAUUUUAAAUGAGACACUAUCCUCACCCCAACAUUAAUACUGUCUAUAGGAUGCCAAGAUAUCCAUGAAUUUGUCCAGAACAGUAAAAGAUUUUUCAGGGCAGUGAAUUCUGGUCAUCAUGGAGACCACAUAUAAUCAUUUGACUAAAUUCUUUUCACUGUAAAUUGGCUUUGUUAACAUCAAAGAAAUAAUGCCUAAAUCUAACUGAUUCCCGGUGAGGAAGGGGAAGAGAAGUGUGCUUAGUAAGCCUGUAGGUGAAGAGUCGUGGGAUAAUUUGCUCACGGAGUUGUACAAAGCACAACUAGAGCUUUUUGUCGGGUGGCUCACAUACAUCUUGAAUCCUUUUAAGUUGACAUGUUGACUUUUGAGUUGACUGCACAGUCGCUGUAUGUAUUAGGAACUGGUUUCCUUGACUCUAGAAUCAAUGGCUGGGAGAGGCACUAAUCCCUGAGGGGGUGGACAUAUCAUGAAGCCGAGUCAGUAUGGAAGAAUUUCAAAUAAAUCAAACAGGGUGCUGAAGUUCCAUCUGUCUCAUCUGCUUAUGAUAAGUUCUUGUGAUUAGUGAAUGUAGCUUAAGCCUUUGUAUGUGUCCUCAGGGGGCAGACAGACUUUAAGAGGGACCAGAUACCAUUUGAAUGGAGGGAUUAUAUUUCAGGUGUUUUAGCUUGAAAUUUAUUUUUUAAAAAAAUAAAAAUAAAAAAAAAAGAAAAGCCUGUGAAGCAUGUCGAUAUUAUUAACAGGAAGAGUUGUUUAGCACAGAGAGAAAACAUUGACCUGUCUGCAUUCUGGUUCUGUGGGUGCAGGUCCUGGCUGGGUAUAACGUGAUACAUUUGAAUUAAUCUCACCAGCAAGUAAAAGGAAAAUGAACGACCUUCAGGAAGUGUCUUUGAAAAGGGUCGAACAGUAGGAAAUUCAAAUUUUAUCUACUUUAUACAGGCAUUAAUACUUGCCUAUAGAAAUACAGCAUUUCCAAGCUUCUGUCUGAGGAGCUUCUCAGAGAUGUGAGAGUAAAUCUGAAAUGGUUUAGAACCGGUAGGGAGGAAGAGCACCCCGGUGGAUGGAGGUCUCCUGUUAGCUGGCCAAGUGGGAGGGCCUGCUGUUGUGUUUGGGAGGUUUUAUUUUCUUAUGUUUUUAAAAUUGAAUUGGUAAAUGCUUUAUAGACGUAUUUUUAUCCAGGUGCCACUCCAAGUUGUGUAUGUAAUAAAAUUAUUUAUAUAACAAGUGGGAAAUAAUUUGUCAGCAUUUUUCUGUGAGUAUAGAUUAGGGAUGGCAAAGAAGAGUGCUAGUUAGCAGUUUUCCAUGUAAAGUUGUCCCCGACUGAUUUGUCCACGUCAGUUGUCAUCCUCACCUAAAAAAGGAAUUAUUUCUAACCUAGAUGUAUCACUUGAAACUUUUUAGAAACAAAAUAAUCAGGGAAGUUUCUAGAAAGAAAGCUGGGUUUUUUUGUUUUGUUUUUUCCUUGAGGAUUGGGGUAAAGAAUACCUCCCCCCAAAACUAUCAGCACAAACAGGGUAUUGAUUUUUUAACUCUGAUGUUGCUAUUAGAGUUGAAUACUAAAUAAAUAAUUAUAAUGAGGGAAAUUCCCUACAUUCUAGAAACAUCCCUGUUUUAAUUUUUUUACCUAAAUCUUUUGUGCUUUAUCUGUGUAAAGAGAAAAAAAUGUACCGGGUUAUAAUGCAUUUUAUUAACACUAUGUACAUAUUAGCUGCUUUGUGUUCACAAUGGUAGCAAUUGCUUUGUACAUUAAAGUGAUCCUUGUGAAUUUGUGAAAUAUUGUCAUAAAGUGCUUUUUCUUACUGUAAUCUUUGUGGUAUCAACUGUCAUAAUGCCCUUUUUACACAAACAUUUAUGUGCAGUCACAUAAACAUGCUUUUUAAAUCUC